AUGGAUCUAGCUUUAAAGAUAGCUUCACUUUUGGAAUCCACUUUUAAAGCUACGUCAACUGACCAAGUGAGAUCUGCAGAAGCAGAACUAGAGACUCUGAGUCAAGACAAAGAAAAUUUUUUACAGUCAUUGCUUUAUAUAUUGACUUCAAGCCAAGCUGCAAUAUCUGAGAAGGUGAAAAUCUCUGCAAGUGUAAACCUGAAGAAUUUUCUUUUAAAAGUGCUAAAUGAAGAAAAUCUGAACUCAGUAGCCAAAGAGCAUAUAGCGAAAUCAAUAUUUAAUGCCUUGGUAGCUCCAGAAAGCACUAUAUCUUUGCAAAACUCUUUAGGAUUGGCCCUGGUCCCUCUAUUUAUGGCUGACUUGUCAGACCCCCAACAAGGCUUAAUGCAAAUUACUUUACCAUUAGUAGCUAACUACCUUGGCGGGGAAAAACACCAGAUAUUAGGAUCUUUUGUAGCUAUAAGAUCUAUUUAUGGGGUGUUUUCUGAUAAUGAAAGCUUAUUCCCAGUUUUUAAGCAUCUUUUAGACCCUUUACUUGCAGUGGCUCAAAAAGAAAUUUAUGCAAUACAAAAAGGAGUCUACGAAAACAAUGAAUAUUUAUUAUUAGAUGGCUGUGAAAUAAUUAACGAGUGGGCUAUUACAUUAGGUGCAAUUUUCGAGUAUUUUGAGCUUAUUUCAAAACCUAGUUUUGCAGAAAUCAGCACUAUGCAGAACUUAGCUGAAACUUUUAAAUCAAUUUUACAGUUAUCAAUUACCAGCUCACAAGAGUUAAUUUGUCUGGAAACCAAAAUUCACCAUCUAAAACUAAAUGAAGCCAAAACCCAAAUUCUUACCUGCAUUGUAAAUAUUCUGGGAUUCCUUUCAGAAUCAAAUAUGAAGGUAGCAGAGGAUAAUUCUAACGCAAAAACCUUAGAAAUCCCAAAGGAUAUGCAGAAUUCUCCAUUUAUAAAUAUAAUAAUGGAACUUGUAAGCCCUCUUACACAAACUAUCCAUUCUGUUAUAUCAUUAGCUGAUUAUGAAGAACUGCUGCAGACUGAAAAUAUAUCAAACUAUCUGAAUGAAAUUCUGCUUAUUUUAUGUAAAGCAUGCUACGAUAACAGAUUUUUAAGCUUUUUUUUAAAUAGCUACAAACAAAUUAUCGUGGAAAUAAUCCUCCCAAUAAUAAAAUCCUCACAAAAUGAUUUAGAAAAGUUCGAAUUGAUGCCAGAAGAAUUUGUACUAAUGUCAAAAGACAUGUGUGACCAGCAGCAAUCUGACAUAUUAAAAAUCACCAGUGCUUUACUAUUAAAAACAAUUUCAGAAAAAAUUGACGGCUCAUUGAGUUUUGCAGUAAAUUUUGUGUCUGAACUUAUUGAUAAAACAGUUGUAAAAGGAAACCCAGAGUCUUUCAGUCUUUUAACUCAGUUCAAAAAUGCAUCAAUUCUUUAUGUUUCAGAAACACUUGCAAUUGAUACUUCUCUCUCUGUGCUCUGCAUACUUUCCCACUUUAUUAAAAAACGUCCAGAUCUUUCUGAUUUACUUGAUGCUAUAAUUGGGACCCAUUUAUCAGCUUUUUCAGCAGUCACAGAUGGCCUUAUUCUGCACCGUCUCUGUUUAAUAGUCCACUAUUUCUGUGUAUCUAUUUUCACUCAUGAUACUUCUAGCUUUAUAAACCUCGUCCAAAUCCUACUUAACUGUUGCAAUCCCAGCACAACUCCAAAAGCUACAAAUAUUCAAGCCUGCGAAACCCUUGGCUAUAUGCUUCAAGAAGACACAGUUUGCAUAAGACUUGACUCGCUACUGUCCAACAUAAUCAUAACUUUUAUCCACUUAAUUCCUAUACAAAACAAUAAAGAAUUUUUUGAAGCCAUCCAAGAAGUCGUCGCAGGCAACACUGACUUGGUGUACCCUCACCUAGAAAUAUUUGUAAACGCCAUCGUACAGAAAAUCCAAAGCGAAGUUAUGAGGCUGAAGCAGGAAAAUAACGAAGAUUCUGAUGGGCCUAAAGAGAAGUCAAGCGUGGUUAUUUCAAAGUGCUGGAACAUUAUAAGAAUGCUUUUAGAAGCCCGAGAGCUAGAAACCCAACAAAUUUUAGACCUAGAAAAAACGCUAACCCCUCUGUUUAACUUUAUGACAAAUCCAAAAGAAAUUGAUUUUGAUGACGAAAUCGUUAUUUUUGAGAUCGGAUUGAUGAAGAAACUGAAUAUGGUGACGACUAUUGGAUGGGCGCUGUUUCCUUAUUUAAAUUUAAUUCAAGAAAAAUAUGAAGGGACUUUUAUACAGCUGUUUCCGCUGAUGAAUUGUUAUUUACAUUAUGGAAGAGAAGUGAUCGCUGCAAACCCAAAUAUGCUGACUGCUGUAGUUUCUAUGUGCAGACAAUGCUUGUUUUCAAGCUAUAAAGGGAAACCUAAUGAAGGCACAAAUUCUGAAGCAGCCUUGAUACUUCAGCAAAUCUUGUAUACCUAUGUAGGACAAAUUGAUUUUUUGUUAGGAGAAAUUCUUGCAAUGACGAUGAACAGGCUCACAGAACAAAUAAAUCAUGACUUUUUUAGGGUUAGGCUACUAGGUGUUGCUCUUGCUGCGUUUGCUUAUAACUGCCAGAUGACUUUUCAGAUUUUAAACUCGAUCCCUUUAAUAGAAGAAAGAACCAGUUUAGACUUGGUAAUCGACCUGACAGUGCUUCAAGCAAAAUGUUUUACCCACCAGCAUGACAAAAAAGUCACCACUUUAGCCUUGACAACAAUUCUUUCACAAGAAGUAAUGCCUGAGACUGUUUCAAGCAAAAUUUCUGAGAUAUUUCAGACUUUGAUAGAAAUUCUGAUCCCUGCAACUACAAAAAAUGCAAUAAUCCUUAAAAAGCAAGACAUGAUGAUCUAUGAAAUGCUCAAGUCUAUGAGCUCACAGCAGGAAGAGAAUGAAGAAUCAGAUGAAUAUAAAAAAAUGCUAAAAAAUGCGGACACUGAAGAAAUGGAAGCUACCCUUGCCAUAGCGUCUUUUAUGGAUCCAUUGCAAGAUCUUGAUGAAUAUGAACAAUUCAGAGGGUUUAUUAAAAGGCUGAGCACUGCAAGCCCAAAUGCUUUAAGUUUUUUGAUGGCCAAGCUGGAAAAAGAAAAGGUCGCUCAUCUGUCAAGUAUUUUACAGUUUAAGAGAGUAAAAAUAACAGGGUUCUCGGCAGGCACAACUGAUGUGAGAAGAGUCGUCAAGGCGAAGAAAAAAAACAAACCAAAUUAA